AUGGAGCUGGAUGAAUUGAAUGAAUUCUUCGUUUCUUUCAGAUACGGACAAAUGAUGGACGGACGAGAAGAGAUGCUGUCAAAGUUGGCGGAUGUCGAUGAUCACUUUGCCGAAGUACUUUUGCAGUGUGACGGAAGUAGUAGCGCAUUGAAUGCAGAGGCAUUAAAUGCUCUACGCCGACUCACUUUAUCUCGUCAGGCAGUUCCGGUUGCUUGUGGUUCAGCCCUGAGAUGUGCGCAAAGUGUGAGCCCGAUCCUUGACCUGGUGGUCAGCUGUCUUCCUCAUCCGGCGGAAAGGCAUGAACUUAUCAGGAGAGUCUUUGAAAACAGUUUAAGCGCCUUAGUAUUUAAGAUUGGCCAUGACAAGCGGCGUGGCCAGUUGACGUAUGCACGCGUAUACACCGGUGAAAUGAAAAAUAUGAGUUCAAUAUACAAUGCAAGCAAGAAUGUAACGGAAAGUAAAUUCAGCGUCUAUAUCCCUCACAGCGAUGAACUCCAGCCCACUGGGGCAGUGAAGUUGAGGACUUUUACGUUUGUUUGUUCGUAG